UGCAAACGUCAUCUUAUUCGCCGGUGAUGCUGCGCUCGCCGUACCGUCUUCGUCUGUAUCUGGCCGGCGAGAUUGCGCUCCGAUUAUGAUGUGAGCCUGUGAAGGUGGAAACCCCGAGUAGCGCGAGGUCCUCGCAAUGGAGGCGGGACCGAAGCAACAGCAGCAACAGCAGCAGCAGCAGCAACCGCAGUCGCAACAGCAACAACAGCAACAGCAGCAGCAGCAACAGCAAAAUUCGUCGACCGCUGGUACGGGACAGACUCCGACCCAGGCCACGAGUCCGCAAGCCGGCCAGACUCAAGGCCAAGCUCAAGGUCAGCAAAAUCAAGAUGCUGCUGCAGUCGCGGCUGCAACUGCGGAGGCCGGCCCGGUCGAGGAGGGAGUCCUUCUCGCCAGGGUGCACGUCCCGGAGCUGUACGUCAGCAAGUGUCUUCAGUUCCCCAAGGAUCAGCUCGUCUGGGACGUGAAGCAGCAAUGCCUGGCAUCCUUGCCCAAGGAGCUGAAGGAAAGCUUCAAUUACGGGCUGUUCUGUCCGCCCGUGAAUGGAAAAGCCGGAAAAUUCUUGGACGAGGAACGUCGCCUCGGCGAUUAUCCCUUCAAUGGACCCGUCGGCUACUUGGAGCUCAAGUACAAGAGGCGGGUUUACAAGAUGCUGCACCUGGAUGAGAAACAGCUGAAGGCGAUGCACACCAGGACGAACUUGCGAAGGUUACUGGAGUACGUGGCAAACAGCCAGGUCGAGAAGAUCGCGAAGAUGUGCAGCAAGGGACUGGACCCUAACUUCCAUUGCCAGGAAACCGGAGAGACUCCGUUGACCUUGGCCACGACCCUGAAGAAACCGUCGAAGGUGAUCAUAGCGUUGGUGAACGGUGGAGCCUUACUGGACUAUCGGACGAAGGAGGGCCUGACGGCGAUGCAUCGAGCGGUCGAGAGGAACAGCUUGGAGGCGGUGAAGACGCUGCUUGAGCUAGGCGCCAGUCCGAACUACAAAGACACCAAGGGACUGACGCCCCUUUACUACAGCGUCAUCUACAAGACCGACCCGAUGCUCUGCGAGACGCUGCUACACGAUCACGCGACGAUAGGCGCCCAGGACCUGCAGGGUUGGCAGGAAGUGCAUCAGGCCUGCCGCAACAACCUGGUCCAGCACCUGGAUCAUUUGCUCUUCUACGGUGCCGACAUGAACGCGCGUAACGCGUCCGGGAACACGCCGUUGCACGUAUGCGCGGUGAACAACACCGACGCAUCUUGCAUACGCCAGUUAUUGUUCAGGGGAGCGCAGAAAGAUAGCCUGAAUUACGCAAACCAGACGCCGUACCAGGUCGCCGUGAUCGCCGGGAACAUGGAGCUGGCCGAGGUCAUCAAAAACUAUCAACUGGAGGAAGUUGUACCGUUUAAAGGGCCGCCACGCUACAACCCGAAACGACGCUCGGUGGCGUUCGCCGGCACCUCGACGAUGACCACAAGCUGCUCGGCCAGUAACUUGGGCACCCUGACCAGGAUACCGUCCGCGGAACAACAGCACGGCUCCUCCGGAACCAGCGGCUCUGGAGGCAGCCUCACCAGAACGAUCUCGGUGGAGCAGUACACGAGCAGCGUCAACGCGAUCACGAGAGUGCCAUCCGCGGAGCAAUACGCGGCCGGCACGUUGACCAGAGUACCGUCCACGGAACAACAGUAUCCAUCCUCCGCCGGCACCCUGAACCGAUUACCGUUGUCCGGAGAGCAAUACGCUAAUCCGAUCGCGACCGUGACCGCGACCGCGACCGGUACGGUUACCAGGGUAUCAUCCUGCUCCGCCUCCUCCACCACCUCCUCCUCGUCCUCGUCAUCGUCCUCCUCUUCAUCCGGGGAGCAAUACACCGCGGCGACCGGUACGCUCACCAGAGUACCGUCCACCGAACAAUACCAGACCGGUACGCUCACCAGAAUCCCGUCCACCGAGCAGUAUCCGAGCAGAACUUUGUCCGGCGAGCAGUACGCCGGCACGACCGGUAUCGCGAGGACGGAGUCGCAUCACGGCAGCCUCGGCAGAGUACCGUCCAUCGACACGACCAGAAACGACAUACAGAGAAUACCGUCCGAGCAGCACGCGCCCGCCCGAACCGAGCAGAACGGGCAUCGGAUCUCGUCGGACUACCAGAGCCCAAAUUCCCUGAGGGAUCCUAACGCGAGAUUACCAACCGCCGCGGAGAACUAUCAGAACUUAAGAAUGGAGGGUCUGACGAGGCUGCAAGAACACCGGCUCGAGCUCCAGCAACGUCUCGACAUGCACAGAACGAUGGAGAUGCCGCCGUCGCCGUCGCCGAGCAGCAGAAGUCUAGCUCCUUUCAGCUCGGCCAGCUCGAGCCUCUCCGAAGGCAGCAAUCAACCGUCCGGCGAAGAUUCCGCCAGCAUCGUCACAGACAAAAGCCUCGGCGACACAGCCUCCGAUGUGAUCAGCGACAGUUCCGGCGUAGGGACCUCGCAGUCGGAUACCACCAACUCCCUCUCGAUCCCUGGGACCACCGUCGUCUGCGUCGAGAGUUACAACAGCGGCAUUCUGGGUCAUCUGAGCAUCAACCAAGGAGACAUCCUCGAAGUCACCGGUGCUACCGACUGUGGCCUCCUCGAGGGUGUUCUUCGCGGGCAGGGCACGGGUCUGUUUCCCGCGCACUGCGUGCAGGAAGUCAGGCUUCGGCAUACAAACAUCCCGUUGGGUCCGCAGCCCCCCAGGGACGGACGGAACAGAGUGCUGGGUCGCAGAGAAUCGCAGCACAAGUAUUUCGCUACCGCCCCUAGGUUGAAGAAACCGGUCACGUCGGAACCUCGAACCGUGGUAUUGCACCGCUCGCGAAAAGGUUUCGGGUUCGUAUUACGAGGUGCCAAGGCGACUUCGCCUUUGAUGGAGCUGACGCCGUCGGCCAGGUACCCCGCCUUGCAGUACUUGGACGACGUCGAUCAAGGAGGAGUGGCCGAUCUGGCUGGUCUUCGUAAAGGAGACUUCCUUAUCCACAUCAACGGCGAGGACGUGACGACGGCGUCCCACGAACACGUGGUCGAUCUGAUCAGAAAAUCCGGAGAGCUGGUCAGGAUGACCGUGAUCUCGCCGAUGAUCAGCCUUCCGAACUCACAAUCGGCAGCCAUAUUGCCAACUAGUCAACCGAUUCAGAGACAAUACGCGACCCUGCCGCGUAAAGGUAAUAACAACGUGGUGAUCGGCGGUACUCUCGGUAGAUCACCGGCUCCUAUGCCACCCCGAAGAGAUCCGAAGACGACGCUGAGCGUUGGUCGGGCGCGAGCCAGAUCAAUGGUCGCCGGAUUAGAAGGCGGUGGCGAGAGGGACGAUCGCGACGAGAUAACAUCGACCGGGGCCAAGUCGAGUAGCGCCGAGUCGAUACAUCUUCCUCAACAACCAUCCACCGGGCCAAACACCGGGCAGAACACGCCCGUUCAGCCGAGAACGGCCAGUAUCCGAUCGAGACCUACCUCCAGCAGGAUCACUGCCGCGGAACUGGAGGAACUAUUUCAGCGGCAGCAGGGUAGCACCAGUGGUCAGUACAGCUCGUCCAUGAUGAGCUCUCACUUUCAGACUGGUCAAGCUACCAAGUCGCAUCCCUCCUCGCCUGCUAAGACCGGCAGGGUAUAUGCGAGCGUAGCGGAAAUGAAACGCAAAGGCAAAUCAAAUUCGAAAGUGCGCUUCUUCGGAGGAUUAGGCGGUGGUUCCGACCUUCACAGAGAUUUCCACAGCACUCCGGACUUGAACGUGCAGGUGCAGUCGUCUAUUUUAGCUCCGAAAGGGCAUAGAAGCCAGGAGGACGUGAACGCGAUGAAUGGCAGAAAUGGGCUUCCGCCACCCAACCAUCCGCCGCCACCACCGCCGGUCGGCCAAGUCGUCAAAGUGAACGUAGGCGCUAACGUGCCGGACGUAGUCACACCGGCGUCCGUCUACGACAACAUGGCUCACAUACAGCAAGUCAAAGAACUAGCAGCCGCAACGGCAGAUGGAGGCUACGGAGUGAUGUCGAGCUUCCGACCAUCGAACAGCGCCAAGCUGUAUGCUUCGCCGGAGGACAUGAAGACAGUAGGAUACCGUUCCCGCAGCUUACCGGCACAUACGACCCGCUGCCACGUGAGAAAGUCCCAUAGCUUGCGUACUACAAACAACACGACGUUCAAACCACUGAACAACCAACAGAACGCGAACAACACCGUCGGUAAUAAUAACCAAGUGAACAACAAUCAGUCUACCAACAACCAGUACGCACAACCUCUGAAGACCAACAGAAGUCACAGCACAGUGGGUAUCAGGGAACGAAAGAAGAAGGCUAUCGUCACGAGCGCGUCCAUCACAAAUCUCUCGUCGAUAUCGAACAACAACACGGUAACUACCGUACCGGCCACAGCACCACCGAUCCCGGAACCAGACUACAGUCUCUCCGAGUCGGAGAACGACGAAGGGGAGGAGGAGACGGACGAGGAUGGAGAAUCGGAAAUCACGAAGGAACUGGAAAAAGCGGCGGCGAGAGAGAAAUUAGAGUCGACCAGAGAAACCUCGGGUAAUUCGAACACUUCCGGUUCGAGUUCGUCCGGCAGUAGUUCGCUGCCGCACUCGUUCAGCGUCGAUGAAAUUCAGAAAGUUCGGACGCAGCUGAAGUCGUCGAAGAGUCAUCCGAACGACUUCCUGCUGCAACAGACCCAGUCAUUAGCCGAGGACGGUGAUAAUAGUUCAAGCGGAGUCAGUUCCGACCAGGACGUACCGGUGGGUCCACCGACGGGUUUCGACGACACGGCCGCUAGAAAUCUCGCGAACGAAGCCGCUCAGCAUCCAACGACGGUGCUGUCGGUCACCAGCACCGAGAAGGAGGUUAACCCGAAGAGGACCAGCUACGGCGGUAGCGGAUUGCUGACCAGACACGCGGUGAGUCUGGCUCAGUUACCUCCUCCGAUCGAAGCGGACGCCGAGGAACAGAGCAGCGACCUGUUCGUGCCGCCGCCACCGGAAUUCAACGCCGGAACAUCCACGGGAAAUCCGGACGAAAUGGUGUUCGCUCCGCCGCCCCAGUUUUGCGAUAACAGGCAACAAUCGUCGCAGCAAUCGCAACCGCAGCAGCAACAGAAUCGCGUGAAAAUCAUCGGCGCGAUACCGAAAGUUACCAACAAUCAAGUGAAGGCUUCCGGUGGACGGUUGCAUAACCAGUGAAGGAUCGUAGGCAAACUGUCGAUAAGCACACGGUUCAAAUCGCAUGAUCGUGGAUCACUAUCGCCAGAGUCAAUUUAAUCUCUUCCGUAUUUAACCUUCUUCUCCACCUGAGAGUGUCGCGUCGCGUGAUCCGGAUACAAUCCGUUUCCGUCUCGUCGUAUUCGAGAAUUCGGCCGAUAACUCGGUCGCGACCAACAGACACAUAAUAAACACACAAAGGUCACACACACACACAUACAUACGUGCAUGUACACGUACUACGCGUCAUAGACAUAUAGAGAUACACACACGCGCGCGUGCGCGCGUACACAUACACGCACA